AUGGAAUGCCGAAGGCACAAGAUCAAAUGCGAAGUCAGGACGGGAGAGUCAGCCUGUACGAAAUGCCUCAAGGGUGGCAUUGAGUGCGUAUUCCAAGAUCUCACCCAGAAAUUCCAGGAGGAAGAUGCCUUGUGGAAAACCCAGACCAAGAUGGAAAUAGGGCAAAUGCGCGCAGCCAUUCAACACCUGCUCAAACACAACCAGUUGCCAGACCUCUCGACAUACCAUGCAGCAUCGACUGUCACCAGCCCGGCGAACCCGGGCUCCGCUGCUGCCCUGAUUGUCCCCCCUAUGGACAUGACGCGUGAGAACUCCCAGGAACCUCAGUCGCGUGAUGAUGCAGGUCUUGUGCCGGCGCCCAUGAGCAGCUUGUACGACCUCACCCGCCUCAAGACUCUACGCAGCUCUGUGCUAUGGCGACAGAACGCAAACAUGUUGGAUGACGACUUCAUUUCCCAGGGUGUCAUCUCCCUGGAGGAUGCCGAGUAUCUGUUCUCCCGCUACCUGCAGAACAACAACCAAUUGCUGUGGGGUGGGGUGUUGCUACCACAUCCGACAUUGGUCUCAGUCAGACGCUCAUCGACCAUGCUGACUGCCGCCGUUCUCACCAUCGCAGCUCUACACGUGCCCGAUCGUGAUGAGUUAUUGCAGACUUGUUACAGCAUCUUUGUGUCGCUGGUGAGCAACACAUGUCUCUCGCGGCAUCAUACUUUGGACGAUGUUCGAGCGCUGUCCCUGGGAGCUUUCUACCUGUCGAACCUUAGUUGGAAGCUGUCGGGGAUGGCCGUGAGGCUCGCGGUAGAGAUGAAUUUGCACCAGUCUUUUCAGAAGCGCAACCGGCCACAACCCAAUCAGCAUGAGUGCGUUAGGCUCUGGUACGCAUUGUAUGUCUGUGAACAUCAUUUCAGCAUCGCCUAUGGUCGGCCACCCAUCAUUGGGGAUGAUCUGGCCGUGAAGAAUGUGGAAAAGUUCUUGGAAAGCCCGGAGAUCGUCCCAGGCGACGUUCGCCUGGCCGCUCAGGUGGCGCUUUUCCGCAUCCUCACUGAAGCCUACACGGAAUAUGGCAGCGACCCAGAACAACCGCUUGGGGAGCAAGACUUUGAACGACUUCGCGUCUUCAACUUUGCCAUCGAGCAAUGGAGACUCACCUGGCAGGCUAGAUCGGCCGACAGUGUAGAGGUUGGCUCGUACCCUUCCAAAGGGGUUGUGUUGUACUACCAUUUUGCACGAUUCCAGCUGAAUUCCCUGGCUUUGAGAGCAGUGGCUGGACCGAAUAGCCCGAUUGUUGAGCCUCUGACAUACGAUCGGCGAGAGGCCGCCAACAUCGCCAUCUCGGCGGCAACUAGUACGCUGACUCUGAUUCUGGAGGAAAACGACCUACGACGUGCGAUGCCCGGCGUGCCCAUCUUCACCCACACCAUGGUAGCCUUCUGUGCGACCUUUUUGUUGAAAAUGGCCAUGAAAUGGAGCAGCAACACGCCAGUCAUGAUGAACACAUGGAGCCACGAUGCCUCGAAUUUAGGGUUGAACUUCAGUGCGAGCCAAGUCAUUGCGCUCAUUCGCAGAUCUGCCGACUUCCUCGCUGAGGUUUCCGAGAAGUUGAACCAGAAACAUCUGACACGACACAUUGUCGCCGGCAUCCGCUACCUCCUGAAGAGCUUCGACGAGGAGACUGAGGCUUCGAGCCGCGACGGAUCUCUCAGCUACCAGCACAAUAAUUCCCAAGAACCGUUUAUCGGCAAUCUAAACUCCACGACCAAUGCAUCGGAUGGGCUGAACGGAAAUUACAACUUCUACGAUCUGGUGGGGUCCUACGGAUUCGGUUUUGAUGAGUCUUAUCUGGGUCAGGUAGAAGCCCAUGAUCCCGAUUUGUGGUCAUAUACGUGA